AAUUUUCUAUAUUUUGCUCGUUUCUUUCUCUACAACUUGAUCUUCUUGUAAUGUCAUUAUCUCCAACUAUCAAUAAAAUUAUGAAUAUCUGCUUAUCCGAUUUCAAAGAUUCUGGAUAUUUCUACCCAAUGGUUCAAUCAAUUUUAUCAAAAACAUCCACAAAAUCGCCAGAAUCAUUGAUGAAAAUCAUUUCAAGGAAAUUCACUCAAGAAUCUCUAUCAUGGCCAGAUGUCUUUAAGGAAGUUGAGACAAUACUUCGAAACGAAUAUCUCAAAAUUUCCGAUUUGCGAUUAUUUGAAAACAAUCCACAGUUAUUGAAAAUUGCCAUCAACAGGAAUAUUCCCAAUUCUGGAAUUUUUGCAAUUGAAUUUCACGGAUCAAAAGCCUAUCUGAUUUUCAAUCGUCAGUUGAUAGCUCAAGUUGACGCGUCUAAUUUGGCCAUGUUCUACGCAAAAUAUUUGAUAGAAAUUGGAUUCAAUCAUUUCCGGGUUUCUGUCUUUGAGUGCUCCAAUAGAUUCAAAAAUCGACAUGAUCAGCUCAUUUGCUUUUUGGAACAUUUUCGAACUGAAACGAAGUUGAUGCCAGGAAAUUGUUCAGUUGACUGCUAUGAAGAAUAUCAUUUUCACUUCGAAGAAAAGAAUGGAAGCCAUAUUUAUUUUAAAAAGCGUAUUCAUACUCAUAUCACUCAAUCCAUGUCCGAUGAAGUUAUUUGGUAACUAGAAUUUUGUUGUUUUAUUUGACAUAAUAAAACAUUUUUCUCGAUUUUUAUUCUGUAAUAAAG